CCGGUCCCAAGGGGGACGGGGACGGCCCCAACAUGGACAUGGGGUGCGGCGAGGGGUCGGUGACCGCCGUCAAGCCGGAGAUGGGCGAAGGAACUGGCGAGGGGGCGUCGGCGUCGGCACGGGAUUGCGCCUCCGGCUUCCACGUGGACGUGGUGGUGACGGGGGUGGUGGACCAAUGCGUCUUCUUCGGCAAGGACAGCGCCAAGAAGAUGAAGGAGGGGUGCAGUGUCCGCCGCCCGCCUGCGGCGCAGGAGGACCCGCCGCCGGGGCAGCUCUUCCUCCUGCCCGUCCCUGAGGAGACGCCGGCGGUGGAGGACACGGAGGCCAGCGAGGAGCCGUCAGCUGUCCCUGACCCCUCGCUUUGCCGGCUGUACCGUCACGUCUCCCACGACUUUUUGGAGAUCCGCUUCAAGAUCCAGCGGCUGCUGGAGCCCCGGCAGUACAUGCUCCUGCUGCCGGAGCACGUCAUGGUGAAGAUCUUCAGCUACCUGCCCACCCAAGCGCAAGCUCUGGCCGCCCUCAAGUCCCCCUGCCACUACUUCAAGUCCAUCAUCGAGACCUUUGGGGUGCAGGCCACCGAUUCCCGCUGGAACCGCGACCCCCUCUACCGCGACGACCCCUGCAAGCAGUGCAAGAAGCAUUAUGAGAAGGGGGACGUGUCCCUGUGCCGGUGGCAUCCCAAGCCCUACCACCACGACCUGCCUUACGGCCGAUCCUACUGGAUGUGCUGCCGGAGACCCGAUAAAGAGGCGCCCGGUUGCAGGGUGGGCUUGCACGAUAACAACUGGGUACACCCGGCCACCCGGCGCGACGACGGCAGGUGAAGGGACGAGCGCCGGUGGGGACGGUGGUGGCGGCGGCGGAUCUUGGGGACACGGAGGGCGGAGGUUGUCUGCGGCGGCUGCUGGAGAGGGCGGAGGAGAA